GAGCGCGCACGGCUCCGGCGCCGGCCCUCGGGCGACGGGUGCGCCGCCGGCCCGCGGCGGCAGCAGCUCGCCCCGGGGGGCGGGGCGGGGCGGCCAUGCGGCGGCCGAACCACGCCUCGCGCGCCGCGGCCAGCUCCGCCCUGGCGGGGACGGCGCGCGCGGCAUCCGCGGACCCCCAGGGCGAGGGCGGCGGCGGCCUGGACGGCCUGGAGGAGGAGUUCCGCGAGCUGCAGCAUGCGCUCGAGGGCGAGCGCGCGGAGGUGGCGGCGCUGCAGAAGAGCCUCGGCGAGCUGUAGCCAGAGGAACGCUUGCGAGGAGUACCUGAAUAAGCUGGAGCGGCGCAUCCAGGUGAUUGAGAACAAGGAGGUGGACACCGUGCAGUGGCGCAUCGAGAACGUGGAGCAAGUUCGAUCCAAGCACGUGAAGGGCCAGUUCCUGGCGUCCCCAGAGUUCUCCGCGUGUGGUCUGGGCGGCUUCAGAUUUCACUUCUACCCGCGCGGAGACGACUUCUGUGACGAGGGCUACUGCUCCGUCUAUUUCCACGUGCCCAGCGAGACGUCGGUGACGAGGACGCUCUUCCUGGGGCGCGCCCGGCACGGCCCCGCCGACGCCGACGAGAUCAAGAACUGCGGCGUGUCCGAGAUGUGCGUCCUGACGAACGAGAUCGACAAGGCCACCGGCAGCAUAGUCAUCGGCGUGGACGGCCUCAAAGUCCUCAGCUCGCCGCACGUGGUAGAGACCAGGACCAAGCUGAAGUUGGCGCCGCUCACAACUUGA